AACUUCGGAGCAGCCCAGCAGGGAAAGCCGGUGGCUCGCGGGCUGGGAGGCAAAAUGAACAUUCAAGAAUAUUUCUCAAGAAUUUCUUAUGAUGGGUCCCAUAAGGAUGCAGACUUGGAAACCUUAACAGUCAUCUUCCAGCACCAUAUCCAGGCAAUCCCCUUUGAGAACCUCAGCAUGCACUGUGGAGAGAGCAUUUAUCUGGAUUUAGAGCAUAUUUACAAUAAGAUUGUGAGAAAGAAACGUGGUGGAUGGUGCCUAGAAAACAACUAUCUUUUAUUUUGGGCUUUGCAAACAAUAGGUUAUGACGUCUGCAUUCUUGGAAGCAGCAGUUACAACCCGGCAGAGGGAACAUAUAAGGCUAUGGAUCAUGUCCUGCUGAAGGUGGUGGUCGACAGCAAGUCCUAUAUUGUAGACAGUGGUUUUGGUGGUACCUAUCAAAUGUGGCAGCCAGUGCUGCUGGUUUCUGGAAAGGAUCAGCCUCAGGUUCCCGGCAUCUUCCGCUUGACGGAAGACAACGGUAUCUGGUACUUUGAGAAAACAAAAAGGAAGCAUUGUAGUACAGAUCAAAGUGGCCCUGCAACUGAUACUCCAGGAAUGAAGGAGAUUAGAAAGAUAUGUUCAUUCACUCUUGAGCCACGAGAUAUGAAUGACUUCCAGGAGCUAAACUGGAAGCUGCAGACAUCUGAUAACUUACUUCAGAAGAAGUCAAUCUGCACUCUCCAGACCACUGAUGGGGUUUCUAACUUGGUUGGAUGGACUUUCACUGAGAUCAAGUACAGCUACGCGGAGGACAUGGACAUGGUGAAGAUCACAACUCUCACAGAUGAAGAGGUUGAGAAGACACUGAAAGAUAAAUUCAAUAUAACCUUAGAGAAUAAACUUAAACCAAUAAACAUUCGAGGCUUGCCACCUAAUUUAGCUGAUAUGAUAUGAUCUAAUUCCAAAACUGUGGAAGAUGGAUCCUUAACUACUCAAUAUAAAAAAAAAUCUAAAAUUAACGUAACAAUAUAGUAAGGUGAUUCUAAAGUUGAGCUAUUCAGAUGGUAAAUUUAAGCAUUAAAUUUAUUAAUACUUAGCUAUAUCCAUUUCAUAUUUUUUUCUUUAACUUGUUAGGAGAAGAUAUAUUACCAUUUUACAUAAAAGAUCUCUUAUGUUUCUUGUAUUAUUUCCCAUCUUCUCCUCAACAUAGUUUUAUAAAUUAUUUACUUCCUUUAACAGUCUGCAUAUGAUUUUGACCUUUAAAUAAUCCAUAAAAAAUGAGAGAAUAAGCUUUUCUUAAAAUAAACCACUAUGUACUGGCUGUUUAGCUGAUACUGAAAAGAAAAGCUGAAAGGCAUGAGUUUUAACACCUGAUUUCAAAACGACUUAAAAUGAGCUAGUCAUGUAAGAGCACUUACAAAAAUAUCUUCUCCAAGUGUUCAAUUUUAGCUACUUUCAGUGUGUUUUUUCUGUUUCUCUGAAAUGUAAACAAUGCCAACAGGAGAUGAAGCUCUUCGACAGUUCUUAAAAA